UGGCGUAGCCCCGUUUCCCUUUUGCAAAAAAUAUCUCACACACAUCUUUAUUACGUAGCAUGAUGGCAGAACAGCGGCCUGGAAGACAAUUGCGUCUGGUGGCGGGCGUGGUAGUAGCAGCAACGCUCUGCGUUGACCUCGCGAGGAGCUUUGUGGUUCCUGUGGCGACGCCGUUGGUGCCAAGCCUAGCAAAUGCGGGUGCUCCGUCCUCUCCAACAUGCCCCAGAGCCCAACAGCAGGUCGGCAGAGCAGCACGAUCGUCGCUUGCCAUGAGCAGCAGCUCCUCCGACUCUCCUCCGACACAGACGCCGAAAUCGGAGCGGUUGGAGCCGGCACCGUCCACGUUCGAGCAGUGCAUACGACAGGCGCAGGGCGCGGUGGAGGCCGCCUUCGAAGACGGGCUUAACCUGGUCGAGGUGGAGUUCCCCCCCCUGCAGCAGGACUACCUGGAGGACUCGGGCAGCUCGGCGUACGACGUCUCCAGCGCCAACGUCCGCCUCGCCUCGCGCUUCGCGCAGAGCUUCGCCGCGGAGGGAAAGGAAGUGUCAAUCCUCCUGCCCGAUGAGGCGGAGUUAGACCAGGCCGCGGAAGACGAAGGUGGGGUGGAGAUCUCCAAGGGGGUCACGCUGCGCACGCUGCGCAGCAGUGGGAAGCGGACGGCGGCGACCCUAGACGCGCUGCUCCUGAGCUUCGUCGGCCGCGGCACCGGGGUGAUCGAGCCAAUAGAGGGGACGGACAUAUACGUGGCCCUGGUGUUCUCGUGCCAGGAGCUGCCCGACCUGCAGGAGCUGAACAAGCUCGUACCCGACGCGAAGAUCGUGUUCUUCAACCUAAGGCUGGACACUCUUAGGGGCGACCUCGGGUUGCCCGCCUUCCCCCCGAAGAGCCUGCACUACGACUUCCUGUCUCAAAUCAAGCCAGUCUACCUGCUCCGCACGCGCGCCUACUCUCGCACCAUCUCCAAGAAGCCGUUCCUAGUCAACUACCAAGGGGCGCAGUUCCGCGUGUACCCGGGAGAAUAUCAGUGCCUGCUUGAUGUCGGGAGCCGAUACAAGAGGGUAAGCAACUCGCCGAAGAGACAAUCCCUGGGGGACUUCAAGGACGAGCUCACCAAGGCCCUCAAGCUCGACGAGGAAGAAGACAACGCGGUGACGUCUUUCUUCCGAAAGGGCUUCAAGAACAAGACCUGGUGGGAGGAGGGCGGCGAGGAGGAGAAGUCCACAAACUGGCGGUCAUAAUAUUUUUUCUGAUAUACAUCAGGGUUUAGUUGUGUAUUUGUGACGAACGAUUUUUCUAUUAGAGAGAUGUCGGCCGGCCUUCUGUCUGUCCAACGGCGGACACCAACUUGAAUGUUGUGGGGUACACCGAAAGGGCGCAGUACUCAUGCGCCCGCAGUUUUCCGACAUGUGAAGCCUCUGUCGAGCUAAGGAUUUGGUUGAGGCAGUAUCCUCCUAGUCUGACGUAAGUGACGACUGUUUAGUUCCUGACUCUGACCAGCGGUUUUCUUUUGGACACCAAGUUGAAAGCCUUUGUCAAAAGGCGUACACGAUCAGCAGCGCGUGUGGUAGAGUGUCAUUCUCUACAGUAGUCAGCACCAACUGUGAUCGAAUGAAGCGAGGAACGAAUGUGAAACCCACGAAAACACCACGUGCAUGUUGUAAGUGGCGUGUGUAUACCUAGUCCGGUCCGAGAGCGGUGUCGAUGUUGAGUGUGGUGGUCUCACGCGAUUUGGUGUGUCCGGUCCCGCGAACCCCGCAAGGAUAAGUCGCCGGCUGGAGGUAUCCCUGUACAGGUCCGACAGCGUAUUGGUGUCCCAUGAGCACACCGACCGGCCAAGCCUUUUCUGGGACCAUCCUUGACUCAUUCCUGUGUCGUGUUUUCAAGGAGAGAGUUCGUUGGUAAAAGACUGGAUGUGUUCGGUGGCCUUUUUGUACUACAACAUCGAGCAGUGUUUCGUUGAGGGUUUCUGCUGCUCCAGUCACACAUACCCUUUUUGGCCAGCGUGAUGCUUGAUGGUGGGUGACGGUGGGCACUACUGCAGUAGUGGCAGCCACCACCUCUGUCAUGUCGGCGCACUUUUUUUCUUCCGCUCAUAAUUCAACGGGUCGUUGCGGUUCCGGCGUGCACCUAUGUCAGACACGAAUCGUAAGGGGCCUAUCGUGCUCGGGUAAAUCUCAAGUAGACGGACAGAAUCGAGGCCUCUCCACUCGUGUU